UGCUCUUCAUAAAGGCUGAAGACGCCUCUGUCAAGUGUUUGACGGUGAGGAUGGCAGGCAGAAUGCUCGUGAGAUCAGCGGCCAGUGCAGUUUACUGCCGCCGGACUCUCCCGCCUCUCGGUAGGGGACUGGCAUCUGCAGGCAUUCCCACUGAUGAUGAGCAAGCAACCGGUCUGGAGAAGAUCGUGUUGCAAGCUGCAAAAAAAGGGACGGACCCUUAUAACAUUUUAAAACCAAAGGAGUACGCUGGCUCCAAACAAGACCCCCAUCUCGUUCCCUCCAUUAUCAACAAGAGGAUUGUUGGCUGUGUUUGCCAGGAGGACAACACUGCAGUGGUUUGGUUUUGGUUGCACCAGGGAGAGGCCCAGCGCUGCCCAUCCUGUGGUGCUCACUACAAACUUGUUCCACAUGAGUUACCACACUGAAAUCAUAUGCACUUAACCGCACAGGCAGCCUAAACACUUCCAACUGACCCAUAAACACCAUAGAUGUCUAGUUAAUGCACAACCCCCUUCAUUGUUUCCUGUUUUGUUGAUUUAAACAAAUAUUGCAAUAUAUAAGCGCCUAGUUAGUUCUUUCCUCCCUCAAUUGCUUCUCAUGAGCAUAUAAAAGCAAUGUAGCAUCCAGUCACAGAAGAUAACAGGCUGCAAAUUUGAAAUAUUUGUGAAUAUAUGGGUUUAGGGUGAAUUGGUCAUGUAUGCUUGCUGUUCAGCAUUAGCUACUUGAACAUUCUAAAUUUGCCUAAAAAAUGCAAUGCAUAUCUUGUCCUGUUAGAUAUGAAUUAUACAUAAAAUCUGUCUUGACUUGAAGCAUUACAAAAGUUUGAAAAUGUUUUGCAAUGGAUGAUGAUGCAUUGAGAAGUUGUCUCUGCUUUACUUUUCAAAUGUUAAGACCAAGAUGUUACAUUCCUCAUUGUGUGGGACUCAAAAUAUGUUCUGUUUACUUUUGAAAGUCUUGAAUUUGAAUGUUCUCCUUGUUUGAACAUCCUUUAAAAUAAAUCUGGCGUUUCAACAUGUAUGAUGUGUCUUGCAU